GGGAGGGUAAAAACAAAUACAUUCAUUUGGUGGCAAUGUCAACAAACCGUUGUCAAGACGAAGCCGGAAGAUUUGCUUUCAGCCAACGCAACACAGAUCAAGUGUACCAUGAUCACACUCACUGUGAAAGCAAAGCUAGUGAUGGUAGGGCAGAUAUUGACUCGUGGGAAGAUAGUGACACGGACCCAGAAAAUCAUGAGUCGUCAGACUCCGACCCUGUGUCGUCCGUGUCAGCAUCAACACUGGAGUCCGGCAAUAUCAGUUGGUAGGAGGCGCGACGUGUGGUGGAAUUUGUUGUUUUGGCCGAUGGUUUGGAAAAAAAGUUGUCCAUGGUGCCACUCCCGUUUAAGACUUGGGGCUUGUGUAGCAGAAAAACAUUACGGUUUUGGUAGCCUGCUGUAUAUCAAGUGUGACUCGUGUGGUAAAACGACGGCAUUACCAUCAGGCAAACGGCACCACAGCAGUACAUGGGAUGUUAACACAAAACUUGGAUCAGCAAUGCCUCACGUUGGUCUUGGUGAAAGUGAUGUAAAUGGUGUCCUUGCCACCCUAAAUAUCCCAGGUAUAACACCUAGAAAUCUUAAAAAGAGAGAACGAGAAGCUGGAGAUUCCAUUGAGACAGUGGCAACAGCAACAUGUGACAAGGCAAUUGUAGAUGAACGAGCAAGUUGCGACAGCAAUUCCAAACAAAAAUCAGUAUCAUAUGAUGCAGGAUGGCAGACAAGGUCAAGUGGACACAGAUAUGCCAGUCUUUCCGGUAAGUCAUUAGGUCAGAAGAUGAAAUGGAUGUGUUGUUCAAUGUGUGAUUGAUAUAUUGAGGCCAUAUACAGA